AUGUUGCCUGUCAUAGUAGUAUUAGUAGCGAGUCUUGGGUACGCCUCGGCUAUCGUCUGUACCCCAGAAUUGUGUAAAGGGGUCGACAGGGAGACGCCUCUCAACUGUGCCGGUUCCAUCAUUAGAAAUGGGGGAUUUUGUGGAUGCUCUGACGUUUGUGCGAAGGUAGAGGGGGAGGCCUGUCAAGCGACUUAUAUGUUUGGAAUUAUUCCUGCCGGUCGCUGUGACGACGGACUGGAAUGCGUGCAUGAUACUACGGAACACUCCAGAUUGGGUGUUGGAAGUUGCCAGAGAAAGCAAGAUUCCGUCCGGUCAUUUGAGGGUCACGCGCAGACGACGUGCGAGCAGAUGCGCGCAGUUCAGCAGAUUUCUUUUGUUAUCUAUAGCGGACAAUGGAUGGCCAAAUGUGACGCUAUGGGAAACUUCGAACCAGAGCAAUGUGACAAUGAAAAUAAAUGUUUCUGUGUUGACCAAAAGUCAGGACAUCUGUUGUCUGAGAGACAGCUAGGUCACGUGGCCUGUUCUGGACGCUUACUCUUCCUGAACACAUGGUCUUAUUCUAUUCCUUUGGCCUCCCGCGAUGUGGCUAAACGUGCCGCUACGCCAUGUCAACUAGCCAGAUCGCACGCAAUGUUGUCGAUGGUUGUUUACGACGGUCAGUGGUUCCCUAACUGUGACGCCCAGGGAAAAUAUCUCCCUCGACAGUGUGACAAUCAACAUAAGUGUUUCUGUGUGGACACCCUGAGCGGUAAGCUGCUGACUGAUAGAGAACUCGGCGACGUACAAUGCUAA